UUCCGCCAGUAUGAUUACACUUUCCUGCGAAUUUGAAUAAUUUCUUGAAUCAGCGUGCAAAACUAAACGUUUUAAAAACAAUGAAAGUGCAAGAACUACCGGAAAAUGGUUGCGCGAAUGUCGAACAAGAGAUGGCCGGUGCCCAGGACACCAUUUACCUGUGCAACUUCCGGGUGUCCGUCGAUGGCGAAUGGUUGUGCCUGAAGGAAUUGCAAGACAUUGAAUUUAAUAUGCAGGAUUCCAUUAAUAGUAAAAUUAUGUCGCCACCCACACCAGAACCUAUGUCCCUCUUUGGCCGUGAUCCAGUAGUAAUUGAACGAAGUAACCUUGUAAACAUUAGCAAACUAGUUGUUAAAGAACUAAUCGAGCAAUCCUUAAAAUAUGGCCGAAUGCUUGACUCAGACCACAUGCCCCUUCAACACUUUUUUAUUGUCUUGGAACAUGUCUUGCGGCAUGGAUUAAAACCUAAAAAGGGGCUACUUGGACCGAAAAAAGAACUAUGGGACAUCUUGCAGCAGGUUGAAAAAUACGCACCGGAAGCUCAAGAUAUUACAUCUAGUGUUAAGAAUCUCCCUACAGUUCGAACUCAUAUGGGCCGAGCACGUGCAUGGCUCCGAAUAGCUCUUAUGCAAAAGAAACUUGCUGACUACCUAAAAGUUCUCAUCGAUCACAAAGACGAAGCUUUAGUAGAAUAUUUUGAGCCAGACGCUUUAAUGUUAAGCGACGAAGCUAUCGUCAUCAUAGGGUUGUUGGUUGGCUUAAAUGUCAUUGAUUGUAAUCUGUGUGUUAAAGAAGAAGACUUGGAUUGUCCUCAAGGCGUGAUAGAUUUCUCUCUUUAUCUCCGUUCUCCAAACCAUAUUUCAGCCGAAUCCAAUAACGAUGAACAAGGUGAUAAUAUGGUAACCGUUUUGGACCAGAAAAAUUACAUUGAGGAACUAAACAGGCAUUUAAAUGCAACAGUGGCAAACUUACAGACUAAAGUGGAAAGCCUGACCACCACCAAUGCUCUCAUGAAAGAAGAUUUGGCUAUUGCCAAAAAUAAUCUUAUGGCCCUCUAUGAGGAAAAUCGUCAGCUAAGGGCUGAGUGCGGUAAAGAUCCCGGAGGUUAUGUUAUGAGCCUAAGUGGGGUUAAUAUUAUAACAACUAAUGAUAGAGAAGGGAGAGUUCCCACUGGAGAACUUGAAGAACUGAAGCAAAGACUGGAGGAAGAACGUAGAUUAAGGCAGGAAGCUGAUCAUGAAUUGGAGCUACAAAUUUGUCUAAAAGCAGAGAUGGAAGUUGCCAUGAAACUACUGGAGAAAGAUAUUCACGAGAAGCAGGACACAAUUAUUUCUCUUAGGAGGCAAUUGGACGAUAUAAAACUGAUUAAUUUGGAAAUGUAUAAAAAGCUUCAGGAAUGUGAAAUGGAGUUGACCCAAAAAGGCGAAAUGGUCAGUCGUCUACAAGCCAAGGCCGGCCAAAUCGGCAAGAUCCUUAAUAAUCUCGAAAAAUAUAAUCAUUUGCUAAAAGACGAGAAGAAAUCGGGCGACAAACGUACCGAGAAACGACAAUGCACUAAAAACGAUAUUAGAGAACACGCCCUCAAAAAGCUGAAUAUUAAUUUGAGCAAGGACAUUACUAAUAAAGAUCUGAAGGGUGGCGGUGGGUCGUCUAAAGAAGAAAUAUCUCCUAAGCCGGAUUCGAGUAAGGAAGUUGAAAAAUCUACGGAAGAAACGGGUAGACUCUCCUCGGACUCUACGGAUUCCUUUGUUAAGUUGGAUUUAGAGUCCGAAGAGAAAAAUGAAGCUUAGGAGGUGUUCAUUCUCGAGGCGUUCGGCGUGCUUGUUUUGUCGUUGGGAACCUUGUUAGUAUUUUUGCUGUUUGUUCAUCUUCUGUGUUGCCUCGAAGCACAAUUCAAAUAUCUUUAAUGAUUUUUUUUAAAUUUUUAUAGGAAAUAUUUUUCAUUCAAUAGCGAAAUUGAUACAAGGGAUGUGAUAAACAGUGGUGGCUCCUCCGUUAGGUCAUUGGCAAUCAAUGUCUAUCUUCGAAAAAUGUAUUUUUGUUUAACUGUAUUUGAAGAUUAUUUCAAAUGGCUAAAAAAUAUGAAAAAUUAUAUAUUUUUUUAAUUAUUGCCAUUAAUAAUUAAAAUUAAUAAUGGUAAACAUAUGAAUAAAAUAUUUAAAAUGAUUUAAAAAAUAUUAAAGUUUCUGGAAUAAAAGUACUGCAAAUGACUGAAAGAUAUGAAUUACCUCCGAAAGUCUGAAAAAUAUAAAAGAUAUUUCAAAUACACAGAAGACGAAAAUCAAUGCCUGUAAUAAAAUUAAGAAAAUACAUCAAAAGAUCUGAAAGAUAUAAACUUAUUCCAAAGAGCUGCAUUAAAAUAGAGUACUUGAACGUCUUUAAAAGAAAGUAUUCUGAGAAAAAAUUAGACAUCUGGAGCCUGGAAAACAUAAACAAUUAUUUGCAAUAUGUGUAAUAAAAAUGAAAAGUAUUUUAAAGAUGUAAUAACGUCUGGAACGUAUAGAAAACGACUUUAAUUGUCUGAAAGCUAUAAAAAAUGUCUGCAUUAAAAAUGUUUGAAUGAUUGAAAAACUAAAUAUUUUGUAAUAAAUGUAAAAAAAAAACAUUGAAUUUGAAAAUGUAAUAUAGUUGGACAUCUGGAAUCACUUUUAAACCUCAAUCAGCUCAUGUUAAGGAAGUUCUUAUCAUUAAUUAAUCAACUAAUACUUUUAAAAAACUUCUAAACACUCGUUGCAUAUAAUACUAAACUGAUAUUGAUGACUUCUUUAUCCUGCCUAUUGAUCGAACCACGAGCCGCCACUGGUAAUAAUUAAAAGAAAAAUUAAGUUUCGCUUAUUUUAGGAUUGUGAGGCGUCUUUAAAACAUAAAACGGAGUUAGUAAACAAGCUAGAGGCUAAGGCACAAAAUUUGACCGAUACAAUUCAGUCUCUCGAAACUAAGUAGGUAUAUUUUUUGUUAUUUUAUCUGGUGAUCGUAAUGUUAAAAAAAUAUAUUAAAAGCCCAACUUGCACAAUAUUUUUUUGUACAUACCUACAUGCGAUUAUUACUAUUUUGCUAUAUCGUCGAUGCUUCUACUAACAUAUAUUUACUAUAAAAGCCAUUAGAUAGUUAAAUGUAUCAUAAGUAUUUCUCAUUAUCCAUUGAACUGUUGGCAAACCUUCACUACGGCAGCUAUUAAUAGUAGAUAAACCAUUAUUUAAUUAAAAUGGUUUAAUUGAUGGUAGUUUUAGGAUUGAACUAUAUUAAAUUAUUAUAUGGAUAUUUUAUAGAUACAUUGUAACAGUGAUUAUAGAUAGUCAUAUAUAUUUUUAACUGCGAUGUAUUUUGGCAAUAUUUACUGUAAUAAUUCAAUAAAUUUUAGGCUUAAUAAAAAUACAAAAUGUAAA